GUAAGACGUCUUGAUCCUCUGAGGCACCAUCUUUGAGUGCCGCCCAUUUCAUGAUGUCAUCCUAUAGCCGGUCUCAUCAGCAUGCCUGCUGUUCACUUGUAAACAACCAUGCAUUUUUUUAAAAUAUUUGACAAUACUAUCAAAUAUUUUGCUAUAUAUUUUUUUCUCGAAUAUUGAGCCUAUUGUGUUUCUGCCUUAAUGAGCCUGGGCGUUUACUGCAGAACUUUGGCAUAGACAGAAUGGGGAUGGCUAAUAGGUACAUGUUGCAGUAAUAUUCGGCCACCAAAUGCAGACGACAACACCAGAUUCAUGUUUCAGGAUAUAUAGAAACAAUGAGAAUGUUGUAUUAUAUUCUGAUCAGCACUGGUUGUUAUUAGCUUCUUCUUCGCUUUCAUGUGAACCUUUUUCCUGGAGACACAGCACCUUUCCGUCUUUGCUCGGUAAUUCCUGUUCAAGCCAGUUGUUCUAGUUUGUGGCUAGCUAUUUCUCACCCGGAAACCCGUUUGCUCCCUUUCCACAGCCGUUUUCUCAAUAUUUCCCAUCUGCUUGUGCCAUUCUGGAAUACGUUUAGGAUCCUCCUCAAAAAUAUGAAGCAGAUUCCUCACUGGAAUGUUCUUUGGUGUUUGCCAACAAACAAAGCUUUAACACUAAAUUGAAUUAGCCGUUUUUUUGGACAAUUGCUACAAUGGUUCACGACCCAAAUAUCAUUCUAAAUUAUUUGUGAUACUUCAGUGGAUGGGUUUGUUAACAAAGGAAAAUAAUUCUAUUUAUAAAAGAAAGUAUAGAUUUAAAUUUUGAUGGUAAACUACACAAUUAAAAAAAAAAAAAAAAAAAAAACGCUAAUUCCAUAAUAAAAAUAAAUAAAUAAAAUUAAUAAAUAAAUAAAUCACAGGUCAAAGAAGAGAGGACAGGAUAGAUUCAGAAUGAAACAAAAGAAAAUCUCCAGAGUUAAACCUAGCCUUUUUUUUUUUACAGUAAAUGAUCCAUCAGAUAGAUUUGAGAUCACCUUAAUUAGAUCUAAAAUACAGAUUGGCUACAAAAGCACACGCAGUUUCGUCCUGUAAAACACAACCCUACCCUAGACAGCACAAAAUAUUUAUAGCUGCCCAAAAUAGUAAAAAUAGUAAAUUAUUAACAAUAAAUUACAGGAGUUUGUAAUGUUUCCAGCAUUUAUUUUUUUUAUUUCUACUAUAAAUGUAAAGCUCAUCCAUACAUCUGUGGUGGAAAUCAUUCUUUUAAUGGUUGAAAACUUCUUGGAAUAUGAUUGUUGAAUCUGUCAUGCUGCUUAUGUAUAAUCAUAAUCAAUUUUUCCUCAGUGUUGUGACAGCAGAGAAUUGUGGGAUUUUAAUAUAUUUCUCUUGUAAGAUGUGGCCCAAUGUUUCUAGGAGUGGCACAAAUUCCCUUCACUUUAAUUUAUUGAUCUUAAAUAUGUGUUUCAAAGAUAAUUCCCAGCUAUAUUAUUUCACUCAGUAAAUAAAUAUUUCAUUACAAUGAUAAAAAAAAAAUAUUAAAGUAAAAGAAAUAAUUUGAACAGACGGCAGUUUAAUCCCUCAUAGGUGGACAGUUCCGUGGUUCUGAAUUUACAGUUAAAGGCCAUGCACUUACCAUAAAACUAAAACAAUGUUGUACAAGUUAGUUUCAAAAUAUAGAGCUUCACAGAUUACUUUUAGUAAAAUUUAAAAAAUAUUGUACUUUACUUGCUGUGUAAUACUAUUGUCUCAGAAUGGUAAUGCAUUUAUGACUUUAAAUUUUCUUUGUAAUACUUGCAGAAGAAGAACAUAAACUCUAAGUUGAGACAUGUACUUCAAAGCUUUGCAUUUAGACGAGGAGCAGUCAAGGAUUAGAGCUGUAAAGAUAAACUAAAUGCAUCCACUGUAUGUGGAACACAAAUGUGGAAUAUGAAUUUGGAUCUGUGAAGUUUAACAAAAAAUCUCGCUAUAAGUAGUUUAUGGCUGAAGUAAAUGGAAUUGAGUGACCACAAGCUGAUAAAAGAAGAACAAGUUUGUGGCAUUUUUUUAUCUGUUCAAACUACAUCGUGUUGCUGCUUUGCAUAAUCAUAAUUUGAAGAAUUACAAAUACACAAUACAUAUCAGCAAAUAAUUUCUAAAUUAAUUUGUAUUGCUUUAUGCUUUUGUAUUGCACCAAAAACAAUGUUUACUUUAACACAAUAUUUUUGUAAUAAGCAACUCCAAACAAUCAAGAAAACAAACAAACACAGGGGAAUAAUUGUAAACAGAACAUGUCAAUCAGAUGUUUAAGUUGGCCAGUAAAAAUGUACUUCUAGUUUAACUGCAUUUGUUGGGGUUUUUGAUUUUUUUUUUAUUCAGCAAGGGAACAGAUUACAGAGCUGAAUUGUAGAUAUAUUCUGAGGGUUCAUUUAUGGUAGAAGAGAGAAGAACUGUUUGAGGAGAGCACUUUUUUUUUCUUUUUGAGAAGACGACACGUCUUAGAAAUCUGUUUGUAAUCCCGCUUCACAUUUCAACGAUUCAUGACUAACCAUGGGUUUUUGUUACGUGCAAAUAACUAUAACAUAUGUAGCCUUUAUUUUUGUUUUAUAUGUUUUUAUAUAUUACAUUUUCAGUGGCUUUACUUGGAGCCAUAUGAGCUAUAAUGCAAAUCGCUGUAAACUAAGAGAACGUUUAAGCUAUUAUUUUAUUUAGGGCCAAAUAACACGCUUCAAAAAACGUAAAAAAAUACGUUCAGAUUUUCUAAAGAAAGAUUAAAUAAAGCUUUCACAAAUGAAUAUACUUCUAAAUGAUUCUGCGGUUUAAAUAACGUAUUUUCCUGAAUGCGUAAAAUAUGUACGCCUAUGGCUACGCAUGAGAGUCGCUCUUUUGCGCACAGAGGCGCUGUUCCCUAGAUCUACUCGUGUCAUGACCACCAGGAUUUUUUACGGGUACGAGACGAGGAGGAAGGCAAACGAGCACAAGGAUAAACGGGUUCCGAGUUUUUGUUGUGGGUUCCGCUGAUUGACGCUGUAUUCCGUCAAUUAGGUUAGCCCAACAAUGGGAAAGCUUUUUUGCGCACCCUGGGAAAGGUACGUGUGGAAAUGUCUUUUGUUCGUCGUGGUUUUGAAAUGCACCACGGGUGUAACGCACUACUCGAUUCCCGAGGAAAUGGAAGAAGGAUCCGCCGUCGCAAAUCUCGCCGCGGAUCUGGGUCUGGAUGUGAAGACGUUGGUGGAGCGGAAAAUGCGUUUAGAGCUGAUCGCAAACAGGAAAUAUCUGGACGUGAACAGGGAGACAGGAGAGCUUUAUGUGGUGGAGCGGAUCGACAGAGAGUCUCUUUGUCUGGCAAAGACGUCAUGUUUUCUGAAAAUGGAAGCAAUCAUCGAAAAUCCAAAGCGCAUAUUUUACAUCGAGUUGGAAAUAACUGAUAUAAAUGACAACGCGCCGCAUUUCCGGAGAGACACUGUAGAUUUAGACAUUUCUGAAGCCACGCAGCCUGGUGAGCGCUUUUCUGUGAGCAAUGCGGUUGAUCCAGAUGUUGGCUCGAACUCUGUAAAAACGUAUCAUUUAAGUGAAAGCGAUUUCUUCACAAUAGAGAUUCAAACAGGGAGAGAUGGCUCCAAAUUUGCAGACUUGAUUUUGAAAAAAGGUUUAAACAGGGAGGAGCAAGCUAGUCAUCAUUUAAUCCUGACUGCCGUAGACGGGGGAUUGCCGUCUCGUUCUGGCACAGCCAGCAUUAUUGUUCAUGUUUUGGACACAAAUGACAACGCCCCUGUAUUUGAAAAAGAGAGCUACCAGGUCAGUAUUUUGGAGAAUUCUCCCAUAGGCAGUCUUGUUAUUCACUUAAAUGCAACUGAUUUAGAUGAAGGAUCCAA